AUGAAUCCACGGAAAUUUGUAUACGGGGGUCGCAGUAAAAAGCGACAAAAAGCAGUUAUCGGGUAUUAUUGCAUUGCUAAUCUGAGCUUUGUUUGUGAAGGUUCCUCUCAUAGUGACAAAGAGGUGGAUCCGAAUACUCCCGAAAAACUACCUAGGACGCCGAGCGAAAGGAAGCGGAAACGGAAAGCGGAAGACAGCGGCGGAGGAGUGGUAGGGCCGCCGGUAGCGAAAGGAGCCAUUCGAAUUCAACAGGCGGACAAGAAGAUCAACGAAUAUUUCAAUAAACAUUCGGGUAACAGUCACAGCCCCAUCAGGCACGGCGGAGCGAAGAGUCCGUCACCUCAACAACCCUAUGCAAUGUUACCUCCUUCACCGCAACAGGUGGGGAUGCCGUCCCCACAAGUCGGCUACAAUACGGCUUUUGAAUUUUAUAAGCCACCAUUGGGGGUGCCACCUCAAACUAUGGUUCACAAAUUAAUACAGCGAAUAAAAAAACUAUAUAAGAUACAAGAGUUCGAAACUCAAGCGUCCUCGGACUUAGAAAUGGCUAAUAAUAAAAUAGAAGAAUUAAAACGGGAUACCGAAGAACUGAGGCAUCAAAUUUCGACGCAGCAAAAAUCGAUAGACCAACAUAAACAACAAGUGAAUAAGUGUAUAGAGGUUGUCAAAAAACUGCUCAAAGAAAAAAGUUCGAUAGAGAAAAAGGAAGCUAGGCAGAAGUGUAUGCAAAAUAGGUUAAGGUUAGGACAGCGGCAAGAAGAAAUAACAGCAGAACGGGAGGAGAUAGAUAGGCAGAAAAAAUUGUUGUUAAAGAAGAGGCCUUCGAAUAACGAAAGUGGCCGAAAGAGAAACAAUUCUAGUGCGUUGUUAAACGGAACAGAUUCCGGGUUCUUAAAACCGGACGCGGUACCGGGUUCGCUAACGUUACAGGAGUAUUACGAGGCGGACGAGAUCCUGAAGUUAAGGCAAAACGCGUUGAAGAAGGAGGACGCUGAUCUCCAGCUCGAAAUGGAGAAAUUGGAGAGGGAACGAAACCUCCAUAUUAGGGAGUUAAAACGUAUCCACAACGAGGACCAGAGUAGGUUUAAUAAUCAUCCGGUGCUCAAUGAUAGGUAUCUACUGCUGAUGCUGUUGGGAAAAGGGGGGUUCAGUGAAGUACAUAAGGCGUUUGAUCUCAAAGAACAGAGGCAUGCGUUGAGGGAGUACAACAUUCAUAAAGCUUUAGAUCACCCACGGGUAGUUAAAUUAUAUGAUGUAUUUGAAAUAGAUGCAAAUUCUUUCUGUACUGUACUAGAAUACUGUGAUGGACAUGAUCUUGACUUUUACCUAAAGCAGCAUAAAACGAUACCUGAAAGGGAGGCGAGAUCGAUCAUAAUGCAGGUCGUGUCGGCCCUGAAGUACCUGAACGAGAUCAAACCUCCUGUGAUUCACUAUGAUCUGAAACCGGGUAAUAUUUUGCUGACUGAGGGUAACGUCUGUGGUGAGAUCAAGAUCACCGAUUUCGGCCUCAGUAAAGUGAUGGACGAAGAAAAUUACAACCCCGAUCACGGUAUGGAUCUGACGUCACAAGGCGCCGGAACGUACUGGUAUCUCCCACCAGAGUGUUUCGUAGUAGGUAAGAAUCCCCCGAAGAUUUCAUCGAAAGUUGACGUGUGGAGCGUUGGUGUGAUAUUUUAUCAGUGUCUAUAUGGCAAGAAGCCUUUUGGACACAAUCAGUCGCAAGCGACCAUUUUAGAAGAAAAUACUAUAUUAAAAGCGACUGAUGUCCAGUUUGCAAACAAACCGGCUGUUACUAAUGAAGCUAAGAGCUUCAUCCGUAGUUGUCUGGCGUAUAGAAAGGAGGAUCGGAUCGAUGUCCUUUCGCUGGCGAGACACGAAUACCUCCAACCGCCGAUGCCUAAACAUUCGAGAUUAACAUCGAAUCAGCAGCAGCAGCAACAACAGCAGCAACAGCAACAAACGGCAUCGUUUUCAGCGGGUAUAUUCGGAGCAAUGAAUGCCUCGUCAUCCUCUUAGUAGGCCAGACCCCGGGGACGUAUGAACCAAACUUCUACGAACAGGAGGAAAAAAUUGCAGAUCGAAGUUUUAUGAUUAUUGGAUAAUAUCUCUAAAUGGGAAUCGAAAUUCGGCACGGGAAAUGCCAAGGCGAAUCAGUGUUAUCGUUAUGCGAUCAGGAACGUUUUGCUUCCUUUAUUUAAAGCUAAAAAUUUACAAGAACUGCCCUUGAAAGUUAAAGAUUUCCUACAGAAUCACAUAACCUAAUGUCUACUAUAGGUUGUUAAUUUGUUAUAUAAGUUUACAAACACGGUUUUAAGUGUUUAUGGCACAAACGCAAGGUUCCACCAGUGACGAAUUUUACUAUUUAGAUUCAUAGUAGCCAAGAACUUCACCUUUGAUUUUUAAAUUGGUUCAAAAGUCCCUCGGAUCUGGCCUAUAGUGCAGUGCUGUGUUUAAUAUAAGUUAAAACAAGAGACUUCUACUCAAAAAAAGCUAGUGUUUAAUAUGAAUUCUUCUUUAUUUGAAGAAAACAGACUACGUGACCUAUCUUUUUUUCAAAUUAGACUGAUUAUUUUUUGUUUUGUUGAGUGAGGACGUUGUGAAGAUAGUAUUUAAAAUGACACGUUACAGUGCGGAUUCAAGUUUUUAAAUCUCUUCUCUCGAUGCUUGUAUGGCUUCCCCUUUUGUCAAAUAGUUGACACAAAAAUUGGGCGCAACUUAGAAUAUUUUACUUUUUUUUUCAUUAUUUUUUUUUGGACUGAUAUUUUUCACAAUAGACGACUCAUUGUUAUUUGUAUAAUACUGUGGAACUAGUGUGUUGAUAUACUUUUAUAAUUGUUAAUGUAUCAUCAUACUAAACAGAAUAAUGUAUAAGUAUAUAGUUGAAUAGUGAUUGUGAUAUUGCAUUCAAAUAAAAAUAUAAUUCCUUUUCUUAAGAGUAAAUUUUUUUGAAAAUAACUAACAAAAGUAUUAAAAUGGCCGUUUUAUUAAGAACAAUUAAACAUUUGUUACUGUUUUAGUUGUAUUUAACCGACAAUACAGUCAUUUUGUAUUACAUAUACAGUCCUUGCUCAUGUUGUUUGACUCACCUCUUGAAAUUUCUGGAUUUCUUUGUUUCAUAAUCAAUUAUAAUUAUUACUGUUAGCUAUACAUGUAUUAUAAGAGGAUUACAUAAAUGAUAGUCUUGUAACCUUUUUGUUAAACCACCCUUGGCUUUAGGAAGUACAGCCAGUGUCCUAAGCAUGCUAUUUAUGCAUCUUGUUGCUAUUUCUUUUAAAUACUCAUUAUAGCUCCAAUAAAAAAUGAUUCUCUUUAUCACCUGAAAUUUAUUUGUUAUUACUUCUUCGGCCAAUUUCGUUUUUAGGUAUUCCCCCAGCUAUUUUCGAUGGGGUUCAUGCUGGUGAGUUGCCGGGCCGUGGUAAUAGAGGUAUUUCUUGCAACAUAAUUUUUUUUGUUGCUUGUAGCUGUAUGGGAAGGUACUCCAUGAUGCAUUACCCUUGUGACCAUUACCAAACCGUUCAUUUAUGGAACCAAUCUUGUCUGCAAGUCUCAGUUAUACUGUUCCUGUCGCAUAGUUCCAUUUACAACAUAUAAACACAUACCUGAUCAUUACUAAGGUGAAAUUUUUAAUUGAUUUCACAUCCCUUCUCAUAUUUUUCCCUUGGAAAUCUUCGGACAAAUUGGGCCUUAUUCCUGGGAAAAAACCGUUCAUUUGUGGAACCAAUCUUGUCUGCAAUUUUCUUUUAUACUGGUCCUGUCGCAUGGUUCCAUUUACAACAUAUAAACACACACCAGAUCAUUACUGAGCUGGAAUGUUUAAUUGGUUUUUGUACACAUCCUUUCUCAUAUUUUUCUUCUGGACAUCUUCGGAAAAAUUGGGCCUUGUCAUCCAUACUUUGUAAUGUUGCUUGAUUACUAAAACAAAUCUACAAAUCGGAAUAAAAAUUAUAAGGUUUGAAAACAUAAUGAUUUGUAUUAACCUACUCCAAUAUCCAAUGAAAAAUUAUUCUCUCUACCCACUGAACUUUAUUUGUUAUAACUUCUUUGGCCAAUUUCCGCUUUAGGUACUCUCAGACAUUUUCGAUGGGGUUCAUCUCUGGUGAGUUUCCGGGCCGUAGUAAUAGAGGUAUUUCUUGCACCAUAAUUUGUGUGUUUCUUUUAGCCAUAUGGGAAGGUGCUCCAUCAUGCGUAAAGACCUUGCGAUCAUUAUCUAACCGUUUAUUUGUGGAACCAAUCUUGUCUACAAGACUCUUUUUUACUGGUUUUGUCGCAGGGUUCAAUUUAUAACAUAUUAACACAGACCAGAUCAUUACUGAGGUGGAAUGUUUAGUUGUUUUUAUUGCACAUCCCUUCUCAUAUUUUCUCCUGGGUGUCUUCGGACAAAUUGGGCAUUACCAUCCAUAAUUUGAAAUUUUGCUUGAUCACUAAAGUAAAUCUGCAAAUAGGUAGCACAAAUGUAUGUAUAAGGUAUGAAAACAAAAUGAUUUGUAAAAACUUACUUUUUGCCAAUCAUCAAUAGUUCAAUCUUCAUGCAAAUUGAUUUAAGUUAAGCGUUUCUUCAGUAUUUGUGGUGUUAGUUUUGGCUUCUUAACAGCCCUGCGACAUUUGAACCCCAUGCUGUAUAGUGGCCACCGAUAUCGAACACCCCUCUUCCAAUUUAUUCCUUAUAUCUCUAUGGAUGGCUCAACUAUGUUUUACAGCCAAAUUCUUUAAAAAAUUUUGCCCUCUGAGGGUGACUCGAAGCUUUUAACCACACUGGACGUUUCUAUUAAUUUUUUGACUCAACCUUUAAAUAGAUGAUUGAGAUGCACCAUAUUUUCUUACUACUUCUCUUUGACUAUAUGUGGAAUUUUCUAUUAGAGCAGUACACGAAGAGAUUUGCUCAAUUUACAUUAACCCACCUCAAAAAAUUUGAAUUGGAUAUUAAUCGUCUUAUUUUAUGAUCCGAAGUAAACCAAAUUCAAAACUAACAUUACUAUACAAUAAUAUCAACACUCACCACUGCAAAUUUUACAAAAGUUGAACAAUCACUAAUUUAAGUGAAAAACUUAAGUUGGAAAAAGUCCUGCUAUUGCAGACUUUUAGUGGCAUUCCAUUGCCAUCUGUCAAGUUUUGACAAUUCAAUCAAAAGGUUCCACCAUUUUUAACUUACCUCUUUAGCAUGAUUAUUCACUAAUAGUUAUGCAACCAGCAACUCUGUAUUACUGUGAGGAUACUUUUAAGGUGCUUUAAAUUAUAAUAAACUGAAAUUUCUAGGGCAAAUUUAAUAAUUUGAGCAGGGAGUGUAAUGUAAUUAAAGCUAGUCAAUAACGUCUUUUCAUUAUUUCCUUAUAAAAGCAUGUUUUUUUGUUAGUAUUGACACAAAGACGUAAGAUGUGUUGUUUUUAUCCCAAACAUUAAUUCUGUAUCGUUUUUUAAAGAGUGCUUCUAAUACUUCAUUAUAUAAUUGCAUUUUAUAAAUAUUUAGUCAUUAAAAUGGACAUGGUAUCAAAAAUUUUACAAUAAUCGGUGCCCUAUGGUGUUUUAUCCAUCCAAUGGCACUACAGCCAAAGUCGGACCUUGGCCUCCUUCAUCAAGCUUCGUCUUUCUAUCUCUUUUUAGGUCCUCCAACAGGUCUUUUCCUUGCAUUCUUGCAUUUAGUAAUUUUCUGGGGAUUCUAGAUUUCUAGGAUUAGUGUGUUGGUCAGAUAAAUUGUGGGUUUAAACUAAACUGUAAGUUGAUGCUGAAAUCGAAAGAGUCAAUGAAAAAGAGCAAAAACAGGAUUUGAUAAUUGUUGCAAAACUAAAAAAUGUGGAUAUUUUGGAAUAUUCAGAUAAUUCGUACAAUUUACCGUCAGGUGGAUGACUUAUGUUUCUUUAUGACAACGUUUUCUGUCUAAAUUAAUGUCAAUUCUUAGCAAAUCUUGAAAAUCUCUGCUUUUGCAAUAUUUAAGGAUAAAACAACUAAGUCAGCUCGAUAGCUCAACGAGUAGACUCAGAUCGAAGUGAGUAAAUAGUUUACUAGGUUACUAGCAAUAUAAAACCCAAAAUGGAUCUGCGACUGUCAAUUCUAGUUGGAAUUGACUUAGCUGUUGAAUGAGUAGUAUGUAGUUUCGCGACUCAUUGAGCCAUACAUCCUAUAGCUCUACAGCCGAAUUAAACCCUGGCCUCCCUCAUCAAACCUCUUCAUCUGAUACAGUCUGUAGACAUUCUCCUCCAUGAACGACUGCCAUGGAGAUUUCUGGUGUCCUAAUCCUCAUCAUCCUCCCAUCGUCUUCCAAUAGGUCUUUUCCCCCUGAUUCUUGCAUUCAACAGUUUUUUUGGAAGCCUGUUUUUUCCUGCCUGGCAUAUAUGGCCUGUCCAUUGAAGACGCUGUAGGCGAACAUAGUGACAUAAAUGUAGUUCUUUAUAUAUAUUGUAUAUUUUAUAAUUGUGUCUGAUUCGCCACGUGUUGUUCUCAUUUAUAGGACCUAUUAUUCGUCUCAGUACCUUUCUUUCAAAUAUGUCUAUAUAGUUUGCAGAUUUUUGAGUCAACAGCCAACUUUCACAUCCGUAGCUCCCUAGUAGUCUGUAUAUCUUACAGGAAGAGGCCAAGACGCUAGAAAACUGAAAUAAACAUAUAAAGCAAUUGAAUCAAUUUAUAAUCAAAUUUGAAGUCAAUUUUCUCUGCAUUUUUAAAACACAAUUUUGAUUGCUUCCAGUUUGUAAUCUAUAAUUGUCUUUUUCUUUCGCUUGAAGUCUCUGAGUUUGAUAAUUUCGGCGUCCUAACAAAACAACACACUAUUAUGUCCCAUUUGUAUAUAAUUGUUUUCUUGUUUGGCUUAUUAUCGUCCUUAGAUUGUUAACCUCGACAGUAUGGUAGUCUUAGUACGAGUAAACAUAUUUAAACAUUGUAAAAUAAUUGAAAAAGAAAUGGCUAACUUUAUGAAAAGGUCUAAUAAUUGUUUAAACUUAGUUUUUGAAUAUUUCAUAAAUGAUGUACUUUUUACUAAAAAUAAAUAAGUUAUUAUAAACAUUCCAUACUUUGAAUGCAGUGUUCAAAUUCUUUAUACAGAAAUAAAAAUAUUAGUUUGUUUUCGGUUAUCAUUAAAUUGUAUUCCAUUUUUUGUGUCAACAAUUUAACUGCUGUCCAAUUACAUGAAAAAUAAGUGCAAACUCAUAGUCAUAUGUUUCCUUUUAUAUAUAUAAGAAAACUAUAUAUAUAUAGAAAAUUGUUUAAGUUAUUUUAUGAAAGUGACCUUGCUUUGUACCAUAGUGUGUUUUGGUUCGCAUUCCCCCAUCCUCCUCGUGUCUCCUUCCUUCCUUUAUUACCCCAAUCUCUCAUUAUUCAUAAUAAUAGUGUAAUGUGUACAGAAAGAAAAAAACAACCUAUGUUUGCCUGUUAUUCAAAUCUAAGAUUUGUUUUAUUCUGGAAGAUUGCGGAGCCUUUUCAAAAGUUGCUACAUUUUGUCUACCAAGGACUGUUUUAAGUCCAAGGAAUUGUAAUAAACCUUGUAAACCUUUAUUAUAUUUGUUUAAAAUAUAUGUUAUAUAUC